GGUAUGACAGGUGCAACAGGUGCAACGGGAAAAAAAAAGUCUACACACGAACCAUCCCAUAAAAAAGUUCGCAGUGAAAAUUGCAUCCAGCAAAACGCGAACAAAGUCACCAUGGGGAUCCGAAACCUGGCGACAAACAUCAAGCCCUAUUCCCAAGAUUGCGUCCUUGACUCCAGCUCCAGAAUUGUCAUUGAUGGGCCGAGUCUCGCAUACCACAUAAUAUCCUUGUGUUCGCCUAGGCAGGGAGCCACGACACCCUUCCAACAGCCUAGCUAUUAUCUCCUGGCGGGCACAGCUUUGGCAUGGCUGCAAGAGCUGGAGCGACAUGGCCCUACGGUUGCUGCCAUAUAUUUCGAUGGACACUUGCCGCGACGGAAGCUGGCAGAAAGGCUCGAGCGAUCCACUAAAAUCUCUCGGCAGCUGAAUAACUUCUUUCUCUCUACGCCCCAUGGUGUUUCAGAGAUCACACCACGCAUUACCUCAGUGGAAGCCGUCAAGCUCUUUUCCUCGGAUGGCAGGCUGGCGACAAGCACCCCCUCUGGCUCGGGAACAUUGCCAAUUCCUUCGUUCGCAGUCGGCGCCAUACAUGACGCAUUACGCCAGUCAGAGCGGUAUGGAUCCUUGACAAAGCUUGUCCCAGAGGAGGCGGACUGCUACUGUGCAGAGUCUGUACGUCUCGCAGGGGGCACCAUCUUGACAUCAGACUCGGACUUGUUAGUCUUUGAUUUGGGCGAGGACGGCAGUGUGACGUUGUUCCAAGACAUUGGAGCUCCAGCAGCUAGCAAGACUCCCGGGUCCGCUGUUGGUUUCCACACUCGGACGUACACUCCUGCAAAGAUAGCCAGUAGACUCGGUCUACCAAAAGCAUAUGGCUUAUCCGCUCUUGCCUUUGAGAUCCAUAUGGACACACACAUAAGCCCAGGCAAAUUACUCGAAAAGUCGAAAAAGUCUGCCGCCAUCAAAGCAAACCCAAAAGAGUACGAACUCUUCAUGGAACAGUAUCGACUAUCCCCUCAGGACAUAACUACCGCGGCCAUGCUUUCCCUCGAGGAGAUGAAGCCAAUGGAUUCAAGGACCUCGGAGCUGGUCCUUCAAUCCCUCGGCCCUGUGAAUGCGAGCGCAUCUGAGGUUGAGGCCAGUACUGGCGAGGCUUCAAAUGAAAUAGCCAUGUUUCUUCCUGCUCUCGUAGAUGCAUGGUCACGAACUAGCGCGUGGGAAAUGAGUACCUCUGUUAGGGCGUUAGCCUACAGCAUAUUCCAGCUUGCCCAGGACUCAGUUACCAAGCACAGCCAAGUCCGGGAGUACAGGCGACUAGUGUCAGCCAAACCCAGUGGCACGCUACUCGACUUGCCCAAGGGUGAUGAUGUCGAAGUCUCUUGCACAAGGUUGACAGAGAUUAUCACAAAGAUCCGUUCUAUCAUGACCAGUCAGGACCCCUCCCUAGCAUGGUCUGUCUUUGGAUUGCAUGAAGAACUACGCUGCUCCCAAGAGGCGGGAAAGCAGCCCCUCGGGCUACAUGUCCUCACUUAUUGGACCAACUCAGAUGGCACCAUCCGAGACACUGCCUCUUGGGACAUUCUUCACUUCGUCGCACAGCUCAAUGGUCUUUUCUACUCUUUGGGGAUGCUGCGACAGGCGCUCGACCUUGUUGCUGGGCGUAUGUCUUUCCCCUCUCCCGCUCUGAAAGAUCUUUCAGACCAGAUUUGUCACAUACCUCAUAUCACCAAGUAUUGCUCAGUUCAUGACGUUAAAGAUCUUCCACAAAGACUAAAAUCUUCCUGCGGGCUGGAUGCCCUGAAAGAGAUUGCCGACUUGUCAGGGUCUAUUGCUUUUGACGACAGACCGAAGCUUCAGGGCAAGAGUAAGAAGAAGAGAAAACGAACAGCGGAUGCGUCGGGCGCAAGGGCUAGUCCAAAAAUGGCCAGCAAGCCUCGGAAUAUGUUCUCACUAUUGGAUUCCGUGGGUUCAGAUUGAAUUUAGGGCUGACGAUUCAUCAUAUAAAUGAGUACAUGAUCACAAGAUGCGUUUGAAUAGGCUAUAUAAUGAUAUAUAUAUAGUAUGUACGAAAGUGAUUUGUGGAAACUUUCAAUAAAUUGCCCAACCAGCUACUCAGAACCCUAUCAACCAGGUCCAGCCUGAUCUGAUUUCUGAGUGGUUAUUUAGAAGCAAUCAAGUAAUUAUAUCGAAUAUACACAUGACGUGCAAUGGCCCAACCCUGGGGCCGCAGCAGUCGGAAUAUUUUAC